AUGUUAAUGAUAAAAAGAAUCACCGAAGCUCCAUGGGAGUUCCGAAGAUCGAUCUGGUCGAUAUACCUAGGCGACCCAUCGCGUAAGAAGGCUAUAGACAUCACGGACGAGGUGGUUGCGGCCAUGAUUAGAGCGCUACCGAAGUUGAAGCAUGUGCGCAUCGAUGGUGCACCCAGAGUCUCUGACCUCACGCUUUCAGCAUUGCUGGAAUGCGAUAAUAUACGAACAAUCACUCUGACCACCACUCCCGAUCGACCGAACAUCCUGAAGAGAAAGACGCUCGAACAGGCACCAUGGCCACCGAAGCUCGUGUAUCUCGAACUCAGUGGCCAGCAACUGCCCGCCAGUAUUAUCGAAUACUUUGAGUAUUGGACUAGCAGAAAGAGAAGUGCAGAGCCGGGAGAGAGCCUAGAGAUUGUCUACAACUUCGGACCGUAUUAUAUCUUCUGGCGUGACGGCUUUCCGCGGUGGUGCAAGGAUUGGCCGUUCCAGAGAGAGGGCGCUUGGCAUCGAAACACUGACUGGGUACUGGGGCUUGAACCAGACGAAGAAGCUGGCGAGGAAGCUGGCGAAGAAGCUGGCGAAGAAGCUGGCGAGGAGUCUGGCGGGGCAUCUGAUGAGGGAUUCUACGAGAUAUCCGACUAG